AACGAUCUAUCGAUCGCUCGCCGCAGCUCCAAGAUAAGAAAAGACCCCGACCUCGAGGCGAGCUAGCAAGUCUAUCCGUCAAAUCGCCAUGGCGGGGAAGAAGAAGAAUGGCAGCGAGCGUUCACCAUCCGGCACCUCGCCGUGCAACGAGCACGAGCACGAGAAGGUCCCGAGAGGGCACGUCCCGAUGAUCACCUGCAGCGGCGAGCGUGUGGUGGUGCCGGUGAGGCUGCUCGCCGCCCCGUGCAUCGCGAAGCUGCUGGACAUGGCGGCGCAACAGUAUGGGUACGGCCAGCCGGGAGUGCUGCGGAUACCAUGCGACGCCGAGCAAUUCCGGCGGGCCGUCGACUGCGCCCUGAAGAAACCCGGGUAGGAAAGACUGACCCUGACGGGAUCAUGAGAACGUGUGGAGCUGUGCAUAUACAGUGUAGAGAUGAAUAUACAUGUGCAUAUAAAUAUGUAAGUCCGUUCUUUGA